AUGAAAUCAAAAAGGCAAAUAUCACUUCCUUAUACUCCCUCAGCGCCUACAAAAGAUAUAAGCGAUUCACCAUCAAACUUUAAAGAAUAUCCCAGAACUCUAACUCUUUUCUCAUUAAUAUCCAGCACAUUUUCAUAAUAGAUAUUGAAAUUUUAUAAGAAGAUUCAUGUGUGUUUUUUUAUAUAUAAUUGAUGAAGAACAUCUAAAGAGAAAAGUGGAAAUAAAUGAACUUAAGAAGAAAAUUAGAUAAUGAGCAAAACGCGGGAAAACUUAGAAAAUUGUAUUAAAAUAUUAUAAUUUUAGAAGUAAAAAAAUAAAAAAAAAAAUGAAAAAAUAUUUAAAAUGGGGAUAAGAAAUUCUUUGAGCAUAGAAAAUUUUAUGGAGCCUGCUAAUACUCCUGAGCUCUAUAAAAUUAAAUCAUCAACAGAGCGAACCCCUAAAUCUCAAAGCAUUACUGAUUUUAAUUUAAAUCUAUCAAAACCUAAGAGAAAAAUUGUAAUAUUUAUACAGAGUCGAAGUGAAGUUGAAAGGCUACUUAAUGAAUAUCAAGCUGCUUUUGACUGUGGAAGAACUGUUUAUAAGGACCCCCCCCUCAUUUGUCGAAUUUUCUAGUCUUUUUUUUAUAAGAAUUUUUUUUUUCAGGACCUCAUUUGUCCCAAAAUCUAGUCAAAAAUGAUUUGUCCAAUUUUCUAGUCUUUUUGGAUUUUUUCGAAUGCCCUAAAUUCUAGUUUUUUACUUUAAAAAAACUAGAAAAUGAGACAAUUGAGGUCCUGAAAACUUUUUUUCUCUAUCAAAAUUUUGACUAGAAAAUUGGACAAAUGAGGUCCUAAAAAAAUUUUUUUUCCUAUAAAAAAAAAACUAGAAAAUGGACAAAUGAUAAAGACUAGAAAAUCGGACAAAUGAGGGGGGGGUCCUUACCAUAGAUUGUGUAGGCCCAAAGCUAGGGCCUGGCUACUAUAACAUAGGACUAAGCACUCUUGGAGGAACAUCAUUUCAGUUUGGUACAUCACAAAGAUUUAGGAGACCUGAGUCUCUCACAAUUUUAUCAACUCAAGAAAAAUUCAAGUCUGCUGCAGAUAUUUUUAAGCAAAAUAAAGAUAUGGCACAGUAUCAGCCAUCAAAUAAAAUAUAUUUGACUAUUCUUUUCUAAUUAAACGUUCAUGCUGUGUAGGCCGCCAAUCUCUUAUUUAUAUUACAAAAAAGCAUUUACUAAUAUCAUAAUAACAAAAUUUUUAUAUAAUAAGAAAUAAAAUUAAAUCAGAAAUAGAAACUGCGAGAAUAAGCCAAGCCAAAAAAAAAAAAGAGUACCUAAUGUAUCAAAAACGAAUUGAUAUCCAAAAUAAAAUAGAAGAUAAACAAAGACGACUUAUAAUGAAAGUCAAGCGCCAUCAAAUUUCUCAAAUAGCUAAAACUUGGAUCAUUUUAUUUGUAGUAGCUUCUUGAAACACAGAAAUAACUUGCAAAAUCCAAUAUCGAAAAGAUCUUCAUAUGAGAUCACAAAAAGUGCUAAAGCAGCUAUUUAUUCUUUGUACAUAUAUCGGGAAAUUUAAAAUUCUUUCAAAAGCAGCCAGGGUGAAUUUGGCGGUAAAGCGGCUCCAAAUUUUAUCAAAACCUAUUCACUGCCAUUUAAAUUUUGUUAAAAAUGCAUAUAAAAAUAGAGUUAUUGAUGUUUUUGAGAGAGCUGUUACUUGUGACACACUAUUUCAGCUUAUGGCGUGGUGAAGAAAUAGGCUUUUAUUUAUACAAAGAACGUUAAGGCAUGCAUUUUUAGAGAAAAAGACCAGCAUGAUUGUUAGAAAGACUAUGUGAAAUAAGGUUGAGUACAAAAUUCAUAGAGAGCAGCUUGUAAAAAAACGAAAAUUGAGUAAAGAAGAUCUUCAUAAACCAAUUGAGCCGAUAGCUGUAUUAGGAAAUUCAUCAAUUCCUGAUGUAGUCAAAGAGUUUUAUAUUAAAAAUAAACUGAAAGAGAGAUAUAAUGAAUAUUUAGCUGAGCUGAAAAAAUAUAAUGAAGAGAUUAAGGCAAGAAAAAGUCAGCCAGGUGGAUUAGUCGAUGAAAACGGAGCAGCAAUAGCCCUUCCUGAUAAGCCUGCAAGGAACUAUAUCUUGCUGGAUAGUGAUUACAAAAAAAUGAUGCAUGACUGCAUAGAAAACAGAGCCGAAUGACAAAGAAUUAUUGAUAGCAAUACAAAUUAA